AUGUCCACAGACACCACUGCACCAACCAUUGAUCUCUCGCAAUACGAAAUCUCCAUCGUCAAACAAGCCUGGCUUGCGUUGGAUCUAUUCCACAAUUAUCAAAAAGUAACCAGCAGCACUAGUCAAAACAGGAAACCCCAACUGAUCCAGAAUGAAUUACAUUUGCGCAACUUCCAACAUAGUUUAGCGUCCAAGAUCCAUGAUAAAUCAAACCCAAUAGAUGAGUUCGCCACAUUGGCUUCAAAUUUCGUUUCCGCUCCCAGCACCAACAUUUUCAAUGACGAUGACUUAUUUGGCUGCAAUACAAACAGCACCAACAACGAAGUGACGCCAAAAUCAAAAGCUUUUGCAUGCGACAUUGAUGCCGUGUUGGAUGAAUAUCAAAUACCCGUCUUGAUCCAAUUCAUUACCAUCAUGAUCAAUUACUUGGAGUCCAACAUAAUUGCACCUGGUCAGUCAAUAAUAAAUCUCGCUAAAUCCAAUGUCAGAUUAAGUGGCAUUACAUCAUCAAAGUACCAACUCUUUGGUGAAUGUUUAACUCAAACAAUGGUUGUUAAAUUGAGUGUAGCUAAUGCUAGCAAAUUCCAAGGUGAGGAACAAUUCAUAUUCAACAAGUUCUUAUCCCAGGUAUUGAGCUUUUUGGCAUACUACACUCAGAGCCCACAACAAACAAUAGUCAAUGAAGUUGAAGAUGCCCAGUUGUCAUUGUCAGGUGCGACAACAAACAGCAACAAAUCAGUCGAAUAUACGAGUACUGGCCAGGGUACAAGCAAGUACCCAGGUCCUACAGUGUAUGACGAUUUGGGUCCUAUGACUUUAGAUCCUAAUGAAUUCAAAUCUGCGCCCAUCAAACCACUCACUAGGUUGUCAAUCUCAUCGCUGCCCUCAAUGAAAUCAUCACACAUGUCCCUUGGCAAUGGUCAAUAUGAUGAAAGUAAGCAGGACACGUCGUCAGAGAAUGUGCUGGAGGUUGAAGAUAACUGGAAGAGUGCUGUGUCAACUAGGGGUCCAGAAUCGGGUACAGACAAUCUUGUGAGUGUUGGUGAAAAGAAUCUCGAACUUGCACCUACGUCCUCGAAUGAAUCAAUUACUGAACCAUUUGAUUACUUGAACUCAUUCAGAUGUUACAAAACACCAAUCGAGGCUAAGGAAUAUAACAAACUCAAGAAAUCAUACUCAGGAUCGCCCUUUGUUCUUCGUCGUCAAGAUUCAAUAUCAUCGUCUUCAGGAAAGAGAUGGGGGUUGUUCAGAAGAAAGAGCAAGAACAAUGCGCUGUAA